AUGAAUAGCGGACAUGAUCCGCCAGAUCCACCACCUCCCCCAUCUCCAAAUCCAAUCGUAGUCACUCUCGCCUAUAUUCAAUCGUCUCCGGGUUCACCUCAUCAGGAUGUUGAUUUGUCUCCUCCUUCCUCGAGUCGAAACCUAACAGCUUUGAAGCUCCAAAUCUCCUCGAUUCCUGCAGGAAUCCCUUCCACCGCCGCACCUUCGUAUGCUGAGCGGUUCAAGGCCUCCCUCAGGAAUUUGCGAAAGAUCUUCUCGCCGUCCUUUUUAGAAGAUGGCACGCUGGUAGUUCAAGCGCCGGAGUCAGUAUUGCUCAGCACCGCCGAUCUGUGGAAGGACCACUUAGUGGCUCAUUUUCACGGAGCAAUUCCACCCUCGAAGAAAAUUUUCGAUGACCUGAAUCCCGUUUGGGGGAAGUUUGGGAAGAUCACGAUUCGUGUAACAUCGGAAACCUCAUGUCUAAUCGUUAUCCCCUCAAUCCAAACUCGCGAAUGGGUUCUUCAAGUGGGCUACUGGCAAGCUGCCCAUUGCGCUUUCUCUGUAUCUCCGUGGUCACCCGACGGUAAUUUGGCUCCGCAAGAUCUCGAGUCCGCUCCCACUUGGAUGUUUCUCCGGAACGUCCCUACUCAGCUAUAUUCGUUCGACAGCAUUAGCGUAAUAGCUAGUGGAAUAAGCGAACCUCUUCACACGGAAAAAUCAAGACUCGAUCCUUAUCACUUCGGCAAUACAAAGAUCAAAGUCGAAAUCGAUCUCCACGGAGUUCUUCUGGCUGAGGUAGAAGUCAGAGACUCAGCAGGCUUUUCAGUCAGGGUUAAGGUUGAAUAUCCCAGUCUUCCUCCGAAGUGCUGCAAUUGUGGUCGGUUUGGUCACUAUCUCAACCGCUGCUUAAUGCCUCCUCAGAAGAAUAGACAAGCCGGGAAGUCGAAGAUUCCUCUCUCUGAGGAGGGUGAGAUCAUUGAGGGGACUCUCCCCACCCCUGAAGUCACAGUUUCGGGAACAACCAAACCGACUACGAGCAGGAGAAAGUCUCGCUCCCGGUCCAGAGGAAAGAGAAAGGACUUGACAGCUCAUGAUCCUCGCACAGGGGAUGUUAUUGCAAGCACUCCUGACAAGGUAGCCUCUAGUAUCGAUCCAACUCCGGUCGUCGAGCCUUCCCUGGAUCCAGAGAUCGUCAUUGCAGCUAAUCCUGCCUCACAAACCGAUCCUGAGCAUAACGCUAAGGUCCUAGAAGAGGAGCCUUGGCAGAUCAUGCAUUGGAAUAUAAGGGAAUUUAACCUUAGAGAUCGUCAGAGAUCAGUUAGAAGUUGGAUUUUGUCUCAGCAGCCUGUAGUAUGUGUUUUUUUGGAAACACACGUUAGAGAAGAGAAUGCCGCUAAUAUUAUUCAGGCAGUGGUUCCGGGUUGGAGGUUUGUGAAUAACUACCAGGAAGCUGAAGGGGGUCGAAAUUGGGUUGUAUGGGAGCCGAACGUCUCAGUAUUGGUCUACAAAAAAUCUGCUCAGUCUAUUACUUGCGGGGUGUUUGAUCGAGCUUCCGGUGUGGCCUUCACAGUCUUAUUCGUGUAUGCUUAUAACACGGAAGUGCAGAGGAGAGAACUCUGGUCUGAAGUGAUUGAAACCUGUAAUAUGCAUGUGGUUUAUAAUCAGCCUACCUUAGUGAUGGGCGACUUUAAUCAGAUUCUUACAGUAGAAGAGCACUACUCCGUCAGUCCUUUCACUCUUCCGGUCCAUGGCAUUGUGGAGUUCCAGGAAUGUUUUAACGCUCAGUGA